CAACAAGACAUCAGUCCCAGCACCGCUCCAGCACCACCACCACAACCAGACUAAACCAGCAUGUCGGCGUUCAGCUUCUGCCUGCUCAUCAGCCUGGCCAUUGCCGCCGUUGCCCAGUACUACGGCGACUCCUACUACGACGACUACAGCUACAGCCAGUACGGCGCGGCCUCUGGCGGCGCUGCGCAGCUGGACUACCUGUACAGCGAGGUGGCGCCCUCGUAUGGCAACGCCCAGUACAGCGUCGCACACGGUGCGGACGGCCGAUCGUACGCCUAUGCCGCGGCCAGUGGAGCCAACGGCGCUAGGGCCUUGGCCGAGGCGCCGGGCUCCUAUGGCAAGCAAAUCAGCGGCAGCUAUCCGAUCUACCCGUCUGUCUACGUGACGGCUGCACCCCCGGCGGCGACUACGCCUGCUCCUGUAACCGGUCCUACCACGGCGACGACACCUGCUCCUACAUAUGCUCCGUAUGGAUAUCCAGCAGCUCCUGGAGCUGCGCCUACAUACGCCCCGCCAUAUGGAUAUCCUACAGCAGCACCAACUGCUACCCCUACUGUAGCUCCUACGGUUGCCCCUACGGUUGCCCCUACGGUUGCCCCUACGGUUGCUCCUACGGUUGCUCCUACGGUUGCUCCUACGGUUGCCCCUACGGUUGCUCCUACGGUUGCCCCUACGGUUGCUCCCACUGUAGCUCCUACUGUAGCUCCCACUGUAGCUCCUACCGUGGCUCCUACAGUUGCUCCUACGGUUGCCCCUACGGUUGCACCUACGGUUGCCCCUACCGUUGCUCCUACGGUUGCCCCUACCGUUGCUCCUACGGUUGCCCCUACCGUUGCUCCUACAGUUGCUCCCACAGUUGCUCCUACAGUUGCGCCUACGACAGUGGCACCUACCACACCGGCUGGCGCAAGUCCCUUCAGGCUCGUGGUAAACGCUGGCGGCGUUCAAAUCUUCAGCGUUGGAAUCGACUUGAACUGUGCCACGGGAAAUAUUUAUGAGAUUAGCCUGACCCAGGGCACUGCGCCGUUCUUCGAAGUGAGCGGCUGCCUGGCGCCCUAGGCGACAGUCUAACAGUCCACUAACGACAGAUAACUAUAGCAAUACGAAUAAAAAUACUAAUAACAUAAUGGAUAUAUAGGUCUAUAUACGAAUGUAACCCUUGAUCAGCAUAAUAAAACACGCUAGAUAACGAA